AGCCUUCACCCCGUUUCAUUAAUAUAGUUGAAUGAAAAACCUUAUGAAAAAACGGUUCACAGGAGCUGCUGUUGCAGGGGUAGAACAAAUUUUUUUAUAUUAUCCUUUUCUAUGACAUAAAAGGUGCUUAAAAGUGGAAUCAAAAAGUUUAGGUCCUUGAACCAUAUAAAAUUAAUCCUGUCGAAACCCAGAAAAAUAACUCGGAGCCCAAGUUUAAAUAAUUGUUGCCAACAUGAGUGAGAAGGAAUCGAGUCCAAAAACCUCUGUGAUGCAACACAUUGAAGCGGCGCUGUAUGUCCUCAAUCAAUUGUGCAUUGGCUUCGUGACCAUUUGGGUGAGCUGGACGUGUUUGCGCAAGGGCCUGAGUUGCUCACGCUUGCAUGCGUGGCUGGUUACCUUCGGAUUUAUCUUCCUCAUGGCCGAGGGCAUGAUGUGCUUCUACGACGGAAGCUGGCUAACUCUGCGCUACACUCGCAAAUACAAAAAGGCCAUCCAUGUCGUGCUGCAGGUGAUCGGUGGCGGGAUGGGUGUAGCCGGCUGCCUCAUCCAGCUGAUUCGCGACAAGUGGUCCAUUGGUGUUACCACCCAUGCCAGCCUGGGCUUUGCUGCCUUCGUACUCUGCUUGAUCUCGAUGCUGAGUGGACUGGCGGCCCUCCUGGCCCGAGCCAUGAGCAGGGCGGUGUCGCCGCUAAUCACCAAGACCUUUCACGUGACGCUGAGCUUUGCUGCCUAUGUGAUUGCCAUGAUGGCCCAAUACUAUGGAUAUGAACGGACUUUCAUCUUCAAAAAUCAGGGAGCGGACUUUGUUAUCCUCAUGCGAGUAGCCACACUCGUGUCCAUGGUCUUGACUAGCAUAGGAGCCAUCAAAUCGUUAUACCACAAAGUGCUCAGUUUGAAGAGCCGCCUGUCGGCCGUACAAUAAAGUGCGAUCGGUGUUUAAAUUUACGGUCUUUUACCGCUCUGGUACCAACAAAUUAGUUUACAAUAAUUUGUCUGAUGGGAGGCAGGACACAUUUCCUUAAAUGUAAGGAACUCAACAUAUGGUAAUUAAUAUUAUCUUGCUUUUGUCGUUAAAAUUGUUUUUGGUUGUUCAAUAAAUCUA